AAGGCUCCGACCUGCUGGCACAUAUACAUAUAUUUCAUUAAAUACAAAUUAUUCCUGUUAAAUGACCAAAUUCGACUGAGCUCGCUUCUCCUAAUGUAGCAGCCAGCGGCCGAGAAACAGAAGACUACACAACCCACAGAGAGCCACGCACGGAGUGCCCUCGUAUCUGUGUGUGUGUGUGUGUGUGUGCGCCUGCCUGAUUGUGGUGCUGUGUUUGUGGAGCGGGCACUUCAAUUCUUGUGGUUUUGCAAAAUUCUCAAAAAUAAACGAAAAAAGACUGAAAAACAAAAAACUAACAAAAAUAUAAAAAUCCUGUAAACACAGCGAACGUCAAGCAGUGCAGAGCAGAGCCGGGACCACCAGCAGCAGCAGCAGCAGCAGCAGCAGCGGCAGCAGCCAAAACUGUUAACCUUUUGGGGAUAUCAAGCAUUUACGGCAGCUCGCGGCAACUGUAACAUUUAAGUUUUUAUCAGAACAAAGUAAAGUUUUGUUGUACGGAUUGCGCCGCCCACAAAUCCGAAGGAGCCAAGCAGCAGGCGCCUGGCAGCCACAAGUGCACGUGCGCCUGGCCUCAAAGGACGCUUGAGGACUUAAAGCAACAAAUUUUUUUUCUCUGUUUAUUCUUCUGUUGAGGAAACUUUUUAUAUCCCUUUCAAUUUGAUUUCUGCCGGAGAGCUUUAUAGAGAUUUAAAUUUCGAAGUACAGCAGUGGGAACUAUUCGCCGUUCAGCCACAAUGAGCAAAAAGAAGAACCGCACGGGCACCAAGACCGAGGCCAUGGAGCUGGGCAGCACAGCUUUGGCGAGCAAGCCAAAUAUUGCCAACACAGCAUACAACAAUGACGCUGCCAUGGAUCGACUCGCUGGCUUGGAGGACCUUGCCCAGUUCGACAGUUCGGGCAUGCCGUUCAUUCUAGUCGACGGGGUCUGUGUUCGCAGUCGCCACCAGCUGCACAUCGCCCUGUCGAAGCGCGAGAAGAAGUGUAUGAAGCGCAUCAAGCGGCAGUGCGCAGUGCUGCCUUGGCUGGAGCAUACGAGACCGGCUUACGAUACGGAGCCCUUGACGGAGGCGGAGAAGGACGCUCAAGAUGAGCUGAACUUUCAGGCGGAUCUGCAGCUCUUGCAGCUGGACAUGCUGAAGGGCGAGGAAAAAAGUCCAGAGCCUCAGGAAACUGACUCGCACACACCCAUUGCACAUGCCGUCAGCACAGAGGAUCUGUCGCCGAAUUUGUCAAGGAUCGAAGAGAUCCGCAUUCAGCUGGAAAGGCUGCGCGAGCAGCAGCAGAACGAGCCCGACGAGCCUGAGUCAGUCUUGGAGCAGCUGCGCAUCAGGCGCCAGGCCACAUUUGACAUUGAGCGUGAUGCACCGAUCUCGGAGUCCACUUCGAGCCUCUCUCUCGACUUGCAGACGCCCAUUUCGCUGCCCCAAACCGAGUCACGGCCGAGCUUACAAAAGAUGUACAGCUCGACCUGCUUGAGCGGAAAGUCGACCUCCAGUGUGCUUCUGGGUAGAAGCUGCAGCAGGUCAGAUUCCUUUCCCACUCAGAAAUCCGCUGAUUCGCCCAUAGACAGUAAAAUCGAAAAUCUGCUCAUGCAACUGCCACAGCAGCAGCAGCAGCAGCAACCAGAGAAACGUCCGCGUAAUCCCGGACCUUACUCCUAUGUGGUAACUGUCUCGCCUAAGCCUGGUGCCAAUAGAUGUAAGGUCGAGCCGAUUGGACUAUCUAAGACCCGAUCGCUCAUGCUGCCGGCAGCCGCCCCAGGCUAUGUGUCUGACAAGAUAGUUCGAGAGCAGACGGACGAUUUUGUUGCUGAGCCAACACCACUUCAGAACAAGUCGCGUACAUUCCUCAAGGUACCACGCCUAUUCAAGAAGCUAAAGAAGUGA